AUGGGUACCUCACGAGAGAGGAGUCGUGAUGAUAGAUCCUCUGAAGGGCGUAACCCACGUGAUGAUAGUAGACGUAGACAGGGUGGAUCGGACAGGCACCGAUCGGGGCAUAAAUCGGAUGAUGACGAGGGCAGUCCCAAGAGGAGCAGGAGAAGGAACGAGAGCAUCACCAGAGGCCAUGAUGAACAGGGUGAUGAUGAUGGACGAAAGGAUAAGCAGCGGCAUACCCGUGAUGAAGACUCUGGGGAUGGGUCCAAUCGCAAGCGUAGACGUGAUGAUAAGGAAGAUGAGGAUAGAAAGGACAACAGGAAGGACUAUGAUCGGAUCACUCGUCGUAGUAGUAGGGAUGAUCGGGCGUCUAGAAGGAAGAGGAGUCGUAGCAGAGACCGGAGGGAUGAUCGUAGGGAUGAUCGUAGGGAGGGGUAUCAUCAUCAUCAACAUCGUCACCAUGACCACUACCGUCACGACAGUCGGGAACGUUCUAGACGUAGAAGCCCGAGUAGACGUCGUGAGCGAAGGCCUAGGGAUAGGGGGAAGGGCCGCCGUUGGAGCCGGUCUCCCUCUGAGAAGCGGAAGCCUUUCAAAUUCGAUUCGCCCCCGAAGGAGCUAGCAGCACAACUAGCCGCUGGGACAUCAAUGCUACCCCAAACUGUGGUAUCGUCCUCUUCUACUAUAAAGGAGGCUUUCAAUGCUACUCUAGCAGCAGAGAGGCAGAAGAUUGCCAGAGAGCUCUACAUUGGCCAGAUCCCACCUGGAAUAUCAGCAGCAGAGUUGAUUGAUGUAUUGAAUGAUGGUUUGAUGAAUAUGGGAGCUAACGCUAUGCCGGGCAGGCCUAUUGUGCAUGGAUGGUUAGGUGGGGAUGGUCUAUUCGCCUUCGUUGAGUUCCGUACACCAGAGGAGGCUAGUAUUGCUUUAGAGAGGCUUAAUGGACAUCAGCUCAAAUCCUAUGGAGUAAGCAUCAAAGUCGGGCGUCCUAAAGGCUACAUGGGCCCUGCAGCACCAGACGAUUCAGUGAAUGCUUAUACUGCGGGUCAUGCAGCGACAUCGAGUACCACACCAGGAGGUAUAUCCGCGGCUGAAGUAUCAUCUGAUACUAGCAGACUAUGCCUUAUUGGAUUCCCUCUGAAGGCGAGUGAACACUCUAUUAAACGGGCAUUAAGGAAUGCAUCUAAGGGGGAGAUACGUCAUCUUGAGCUACUCAAACAUACUUGGAAUGAUGAAGAGAUUGUCAUGGCUGUCUUUGAAUGUGUGAAUAUAGAGGAUGAACAUAGACUCAAGAAGAAGGGUGAAGUAGAGGUACAAGGUGUGAAGGCUAGGAUUAUCAAUCCUAAGGAUGCUAUCGUCAAAGGUUACAUGAACUUUGAUGGUGACAUAAUGAAGAAGGCUAUGGGUUUGGAGAUAGUACCUUCCAGGAUACUAGUCAUGACUAACUUUGCUGGUAGUGUUGAGGAACUGUUAGAUGAUAUCAACUACAGUGACCUAAUGGAUGAUAUCAAAGUGGAGUGUAAGUCGAUAACUGCUGGUGCAGAUGUCCGUAGCAUCAUUAUUCCUCGUCCCGAAUCCACUAUGCAACCAGCCAAUGGUAAUGAUGUGGAUACACCUGUUGGGCAGCAACCACCCAAUGGGGAUAUUAAUCAUCAUGACUCGGCUACGAUGGAGGAUGACGCCGGUGACCAAAGGAGGAAUACAGCUGCAGUACCAGCAGUCGAUAUGCAAGUACCUGGUCUUGGAUGCUGUUUUAUUGAGUUCCGCAAUGUCGAAGAGGCCGGCCAGACACGCUUUAAGAGGGGUGACUUUGCUAAUCCGAUGCCUAAUACCGAUGAACCAGAAGUCGGAUUGAAGGACAUUGGAAUGAAUGCACCACUGCUGGACGAUGGGAUGGAUACAUCUGAUAAUGAGGAGGAGGAGGGUAUGGGUGAUGCUACGAAUAGGGAUGACGACGAGGAGAAUAGGAUGAACGUACUUGAUGAUGCCAAGGCACGUAAGAAGGGCAAACAGCCAUCACCAUCGUUGGCCGCUGAAGACCUCGAGAUUAUUGACUAG